AUGUCGAAUUUUGCAUUUAUUUCUUUCGAGGAUGUGUACUAUUUGAAUGAAGAGUACAAUACUCUCAAAUAUUUUGUCUCCCUUGAUUUGCACACAAUUGGGAUCUUGUCUACCGUCCAACCCAAUGGUUUGGCUGUACCAGAUGCUAGCAUGCAUCCUGUUACAUCAACUUCAGACGUGUUAGAAUUAAUGGAUGUUGGACUGAAAAACAGAGCUGUUGGAGCCACUGCCAUGAAUGAAAGAAGUAGCCGCUCCCAUAGCGUUGUCAGUAUCCAUGUUUGUGGAAAGGAUUUGCAUUCCGGUGCUGUUUUACAUGGUAAUCUUCAUUUAGUGGAUCUAGCAGGGAGCGAAAGGGUAGAUCGCUCAGAGGCAACUGGAGAUAGACUUAGGGAAGCACAACACAUAAACAAAUCAUUAUCUGCCCUUGGAGAUGUUAUUUUCGCGCUUGCACAAAAGAAUUCUCAUGUACCAUAUAGAAACAGCAAGCUCACUCAACUCCUUCAAAGCUCUUUAGGGGGUCAUGCGAAGACGCUUAUGUUUGUACAGCUCAAUCCUGAUGUUAGUUCAUAUUCCGAAACUGUAAGCACUCUGAAGUUUGCAGAGAGGGUCUCUGGGGUUGAGCUAGGUGCAGCACGAAGCAGCAAAGAGGGCAGAGAUGUUAGGGAAUUAAUGGACCAGUUGGCAUCUCUCAAAGACACAAUUGCAAAAAAAGAUGAUGAGAUUGAGCAGUUGCAGUUAAUUAAAGAUCUCAAAAACGAGUAUCCUGGCUCAGUGAGAUAUGGAAAUUCCUCUGCAACCAAUGAUUCUUCAGGUGUUAUUCCAAGACCCCAAAAACCAUCAGACAGGAAAAGCAUAGGAAGUGAGACAGGUUCUAAUCAGGAAAGCAAUUCAGAGUAUAGUGACAAGCAUUCUGAAGCCAGUUCCCAGCAAUCAAAACUUUCUGAAGGGGACACAGGUCAGGAUAUGUCAUUCAAAGAUGCUGAGAUAUUAAGAUUUGAAGAUGGAGACUAUGAGGAUAGAUUAAGUGACGUUUCUGAUGGUGCUCUUUCAGUGGAAGCAGAGCCUGAUGACACAACGGAUCAAGGCACAAAACUAUCACAGAAAUUGCGGAAGAGUAAAGUGGCAUCUACUAUUAGACUCCUACAAACCCAAACGCCAACCACAUCAAAGACAGUGACUGUGGCAAGGGACAACACAAAAGCGUCAGCAAGUAUUAAGAAAACUGGCACUUCCAACUUAGUCAAGCCUCCAAAGCGGUGGCAGUAA